AUGAUUAUAUUUAUCUUUUCCUCUUCUCGGACUUCUACUUCACGCCCGGCCCUUCUCUUCGUCCGCAGUAGCGACAGUCGCUGUAGCUGCUGCCGCCUCCUGAUCCUCAUCGGCCUGCUUGCGCGGCUCCAACCCAAACUCCGUGUCGAUGUCGGUGCGCAGGUCGACAUGCCGCAUCCCAAAGCAGGCCACCAUUCCCAGCAGCGCAAACGCCAUGGCCACGAACCACACCACCCGCAAUGCAAGCCGGUAGACCUGGAUCACCUGGUCGUGGAUCGCCGCCGGCAGAUCGGAGGUGACGGAGCUGGCGGCCGCUCCGUAGGCGUUGCCGUUCACCAGGCUCGCGCGUACCCGGGGUUCCGUGAUGAUGGACGCGUGGGCGUUGAAUUGCGCAUUGAAGACGAUCGCCGAUGCCGUCACGCCCCAGAUGAAGCCGAACGAGCGUAG